CGUCAUCAUCUGAUACUCGUCAUUGUCUCAUCCAUCUCUGCUUCGCUUAUAAGUAUCCUAGUCAGGACGAUGGCGCUCUGCUAGGUACUGGUAGAAGUUUUGGUGAAUUUUGUGGUUGUCUGCUUGCUGCGCUUAGUGAACGGAAUCGCCUACCCUGAGCAGGUGCAGACGACUGAAGAAUUUUUUUGCAAGGUUUGCUUCGGAGAGGGAUAGGAUGUCUGCAUUGGGGAAGAAGAAGGGACUAUUGGAGGUGUUCAAAUUUGGCACCUACAUUGCUAUUCCGAUUGUCAUGAUGUACGCUUUUGCAAACAACUCCGAUAAUCUGGAGAAGAUUAUUCGUAAUCGCUCAUAUGUGGUCUACCCACCAGAAGGACCUCGUCCACCAUCAGGGGAUGAAAUUCGCGAUAUGAUCAAGAAGAACAAAGCAGCGUCAUAAAUUCGGGAAAUAGGUGCCGACCUCACCAUCUAAGGGUAUUUGGUUGGUGAAGAGAAUCAACCUCAAUGGUAUGUAUCAGUUGCUGUGGCGAGAGGAAUGGGCUCUCUUUCAUCCACUGCCAGCCUUUUAUCUUCUACUGAUGUCAAUUGCAAAGUUUCAAAUUCCGCAAAUCCUUGGGAUUCGCCAUUGGUCCUAGAAAUAGAGCAUGAUGGCACAGCAAGCAGCUUGUAUGUAGCUUCUGCUAAGUACUCAUAUAGUAUCCUAAUUAACAUGCAAUGAGAAAUGGUUUUUCCGCAUAUAUUUUGUUGCGGUCUUUCUUGUCAUCAAUGUGAAUAGGGUUGGUGUGAUGUCUCACACUGCCCUACUGGAUAGAACUCAAA